AUGCUGGACCUCCACGUCUGGGGCCCCGCCUUUGGCCUCCCGUCCAUCGACGCCGAGUGCCUCGCCAUCAUCGCGCACUUCCACCACUCGGGCCUCCCGAGCACCGCUUGGCGUUUGAUACCGAGCAACGACCCGUCCAUUUGCCCAGACCAUCACCUCCCCGCCCUGUGCCAUGAUGGCGCCUGGUCGAGCGGCUAUGACGAGAUAGUCGGCUACCUGAAGUCCAAGUCACUCUUGCCGGACCUCAACACGGGCCUCGUUGAGGUCCAGCAGGACGAAUGCUUCGCCUUCAUGACAUACCUGGACGCCCACGCGGCCCCCCUCGUCGACCUGUCACUCUACGCCUCGGCCGCCAACUGGGCCGCCACCACACGGCCCGCGUACAGCGCCUUGCUCUCGUUCCCGCUGACGUGGACGGUGCCGACGCUCAUACGUGCCGAGGCUAUCAAGCGCGUCGAACACCUGGGGCUCGCCGAGCUGGACACGGACUUUGAUCCCAAUGCUGGACUUCACCUGAGCGCUGGGCGAGAUGCCCUGCCCGAGACGUUCAGGAGGCAUCUCCCUUUGACAAGAGCGAAAAAGACUGUCCGCGAGGAGAUGACACCCGAACAGAUAGUCGCCAUCAGACUCUUGGGGCUCGCCGAAGAUUGCCUCACGACGCUGGACAAGUUCAUGAGUGAGGGCGGCAGCGACGAGAAGCACCCGCGCUUCUUCGACGAGACACAGGUUUCCACUCUCGACUGCCUGGCAUAUGGCUAUCUUGCCCUCAUGGUCAAGCCCCAGGUUCCACGGUCCUUUCUCCGAGACCUGUUGGAGACAAAAAUGCCACGACUGGUCAAGUUUGUGGACGAUAUGCUGCCGACCGACUUGCCUUGGGCAGCACCUGAGGUCCCGUCGCUGCUCACGUCCAGCGCGCGUGUGCUGGACUCCGUCAUCCGGCAUACGCCCGGGGUGGGCGACCACUAUGCCAACGAGAUGCGGCAGCGCGCCGAAAAGGGCACCACCGGGAUCGACCAGCGCGCCGUGGUGCUGUUCAUGGCGCUGGCGGCCACCGGCGCGGCGCUGGGAUACGGGUACCAUGCGUACAAGACGUUGCAGCCGUUUGGUGCCAGGUCGCAGCUGUGGCGGGCGCAGAGAGGAACGUCCAAACUUAGCCAGUUUGGCGAUCUGGGCUCUAUGCUGAACAGCGCCAUGGGCGUGUACGAGAGCCAACCGAUGGGGUCGGCAGCGGCACAACCUGGCAAUGGCCAGCUUGUAGAGGUAGAUUCCGAGUUAGACUAG